CUUCGAGGUGAGCAACGCGAUAUAGACAAUAUUCCAAGGAUGUUGUUGCAAAUAUUAAUUUUCCCAAAUUCAAAGCCCUAACCCGAUUUUGGUAGGGUGGGAUCACAGCCACUCGCCACCGUUCGCCGGCGCGUGACUUGUCAUCACUAGCCUGAUUAGGAAAUUGAUAAGUUUCUGAUUAACAGCUAAACUAUAAUUAUCCACUUGAAGAUGAACUAAUGAUGAUUUUGGUUCAAAUGAUUAGAAAAUUUGACUUCUUGUUGGGAUUUCUUCUUAAGGUUAAGAUGGUAGCGGCUCUCUUUUGACUAUCAAGAUGAGAAUUCUAAUGUCAAAAUCAAUGAGAAUCUCGCGGCUUUUCUAUCUUGCACUCCGUCAUAGUUGAUGAAGAAUCUGAAACUGAUGGAGGCAGUUUGUCUUAACAGUGAACCAGUGUUUGAUGACUGUGAAGAAUUUGAGGAUGGAGAAGACUAUUCUGUGGUGGAACAUGAUAAUGAAAAAGAUUCAAAGAAAGAGUACCCACAACCCACGGUCGGUCUGGAAUUUGGGUCUUUCGAUGAAGCUUAUGAUUUUUAUAACAUGUAUGGAAAGGAACAAGGAUUUGGUAUUAGAGUGAGCAACUCCUGGUUUAGAUCAAAAAGGAAAGAAAGGUAUAGAGCGAAACUUAGCUGCAGUAAUGCAGGUUUCAAGAAGAAAAGUGGAGCAAAUCACCCUAGGCCAGAAACAAGAACUGGUUGUCCUGCAAUGCUAGUAAUUAAGCUUGUGGACUCAAAAAGAUGGAGAAUUGUUGAAGUCCAGCUUCAGCAUAAUCAUACAGUAAGCCCAGAGAUCAGACGGUUCUACAAGUCACACAAGAAAAUGAUUCUUGCUGCCGGAAAGCAGCAGGAAUUGACACCUGUUACAGAAGUACAUACCAUUAAGUUAUACCGCACAUCUAUUGAUGCUGGAUUUCAAGAAGUCGAGGAAACAGAUAGUCGGCUUCCUGUUGAUACCUCAAAGCAUUUGGAGCUUAAAGAGGGGGAUGCCCAUGCAUUGUAUAAUUAUUUUUGUCGUAUGAAGUUGACAAAUCCAAACUUCUUUUAUCUGAUGGAUCUUGAUGAUGAAGCAUGCCUGAGAAAUGUGUUCUGGGCUGAUGCUAGGUCUAGGGCUGCUUUCAACUACUUCUCUGAUGCAGUUGCAAUCGAUACAACAAGCUUGAGGAACAAAUAUGAAAUUCCUCUAAUUUCUUUUGUCGGAGUAAACAAUCAUGGACAACCUGUUUUGCUGGGAUGUGGUUUUCUUGGACAUGAUUCAGUAGAGUACUUUAUUUGGAUGUUGAAAUCAUGGCAAACAUGUAUGUUGGGGAGACAUCCACAAGUUAUUCUAACUGAUCAGUUAAAACCAUUGCAAAUUGCAGUUUCUAAGGUUUUCCCUCAAGCUCGUCAUUGUUAUUGUUUAUCAUAUAUCAUCCAGCGUGUUCCUGAGAAGUUGGGAGGAUUGAAGGGAUAUGAGUCUAUCAAGGCGCAACUGUAUAAAGCAGUUUAUAAUUCCUUGAAGAUCACUGAGUUUGAAAGUUCGUGGGGUCAGAUGAUAAGUCAGCAUGGACUCAAGGACAAUAAAUGGCUUCAAUCAUUGUUCGAAGAUCGUGAAAAAUGGGUACCUGUCUAUUUAAAAGAUAUUUCCUUCAUGGGAAUCAUGCCAAUAAAAGAAAGUGAGAGCUUUGGUGCAUUUUUUGAUAGUUAUGUACAUAAACACACUUCAUUUAAAGAAUUUGUUGAUAAGUAUGACCUAGCCCUGCAAAGGAAGCACCUGAAAGAAGCAAUGGCAGAUAUGGAGUCGAGAAGUUCAAGCUUUGAACUGAAAACAAAAUGCAAAUUUGAGCUGCAGCUCUCACGGAUAUUCACAAAGGAAAUAUUCAGGAAGUUCCAAACAGAAGUUGAGGGAAUGUACUCUUGCUUUAACACAAGACAAGUAAACAUUAAUGGGCCGAUAAUGACAUUUGUUGUCAAAGAACGAGUAGAUGCCGAGGGAAGUGAGAAGGAGAUCAGGCAGUUUGAGGUUCUCUAUGAGACAACACAAGUGGAAGUACGAUGUAUAUGCAGUUUGUUUAAUUUUAAAGGCUACUUAUGCAGACAUGCGUUGAAUGUACUUAAUUAUAAUGGCGUGGAAAAUAUUCCAUCAAAAUACAUCCUACCGCGCUGGUAUAAAGAUUAUAAACGUAAGUUUCUAGUAGAUUCUGGCCUUAGUCAUGUUGAUGUGAAUAAUUCUGUGGAAUUGUAUAAUCAUCUACAUAUACGUGUCAUGCAAGUUGUUGAAGAAGGGGCACAAUCCGAAGAGCAUUACAAGGCUGUACUUCAAGAAUUAGAAGCUUUAUUGAACAGGUUUUCCCUUGUAGAUGACAAUUUAAUUGCUCUGUAAUAUUUGACAUGUAACAUUCAGUGCACAAUUGCAGUGCACCUUGUACAGAAUAUAUAUCACAUGCCUUGAUCAUGGGUUUUGCCCCCUUUUUCACA